CCCAGCAUCUUUGAGGAUGAAAGCAUGAAACUACGACAGCUGAAACUAGAGAAUCAGAGAGCUCUUCUAGAGAAGAAGCAGAAGAAGAAACGUCUUGAUCCCUUGAUGGUACAACCAAAUCCUGAGGCAAAGCUGCGUAGGUCAAAGCCCAAAGCAUGUGAGGAGCAGACUCCUUUAGUAGAAACUCCUACCCCUUUCCACAGUGAUGUUAUGCUACAUGGCAUUGAUGGACCAGCUGCUUUCCUGAAAUCAGAAGUGCAGGAUUUGGGGACUAGGCUCCAAACUCUCUCUGCUGGAUCUUCCAAAACAAAAGACAGUGCAGAUCAGGAAAAUGAUGGAGAGUCUCUAACAGACACAGCAGGCAAGCCAGAUCUGCAAGAAAUCUUACAGAAACGAGGAAUUUCAGGCAGUUUGAAUUUUGAUGAGGAGGACACAGAAGAGGAAGAAGCUAGUAAGAGACCAGCAUCUCAUUCACAGUAUCCUGAAUCUGAGAGGCCUAGUUCUGCAACUAGUGAGAAAUCUUUUGCAGAAACAGGUGCUUCCUGUAGUCCAUCCCCUCAGGCAGAUGCACAGCUGGGAGAAGUAGAGAACUUGGAGGAUUUUGCAUUACGCCCUGCACCCCGUGGUAUUACAGUCAAGUGUCGAAUCACUAGAGAUAAGAAGGGAAUGGACCGGGGCCUCUUCCCUACUUAUUACAUGCAUCUGGAAAGGGAUGACAACAGAAAGACAUUCCUUCUUGCAGGGAGAAAACGAAAAAAGAGCAAAACUUCCAAUUACCUCAUAUCAAUUGACCCAACUGAUUUAUCCCGGGAAGGGGAAAGUUUCAUUGGAAAACUCAGGUCAAACCUCAUGGGAACUAAAUUUACAGUCUAUGACCAUGGAGUUAGCCCAGUCAAGGCACAAGGUCUAGUGGAAAAGGCUCAUACGAGACAGGAGCUUGCAGCUAUUUGUUAUGAAACCAAUGUGUUAGGAUUCAAGGGCCCCAGAAAAAUGUCUGUGAUCAUUCCAGGAAUGAAUAUGAAUCACAAGCGAAUUCCAAUCCGUCCACGAAAUGAACAUGAGAGUCUGCUGUCAAAAUGGCAAACCAAAAAUUUAGAGAACCUCAUUGAGUUGCACAACAAGGCUCCAGUCUGGAAUGAUGAUACUCAAUCCUACGUUUUAAACUUCCAUGGGAGAGUCACUCAGGCCUCAGUGAAGAACUUCCAGAUUGUCCAUGACAAUGACCCUGACUACAUUGUGAUGCAGUUUGGUCGUGUAGCAGAAGAUGUGUUUACUUUGGACUAUAAUUAUCCUCUCUGUGCUCUUCAGGCCUUUGCUAUUGGACUCUCCAGCUUUGAUAGUAAAUUGGCCUGUGAAUGAGAGACAACAGACUUGAAACAUGGAACUCACUCCCAUCCCUGCAUCUUCUUGUAAGAGUUCCAGGUGGAGUAAUGAAAAGCACAUUGGGGAUGGAAGGGGACUGGAAGACAGACUUCUGCAGGCCUAUUAGAAAGCAAAUACCAGCUCUCAGAGCAUUAUGGUAGUUGACAGUAGACCAUCUUAGGAGACUGUCCCAAGACUAAGCAGUCUUUCUAUGCAUUGUGGAAGAACAAGAAAUAUGGGUGAUGGGAACAAGAAAUACAGGAUGGGUGAUGUUGUCGGUGUUGAUUCUGCUUUCAGAAUCCUUGUAACAGAUGCUGCAUGAGAGCAGGCUAAGGAAUUUAGCCCACUGAUUGGAACCCCUCGCAGCUAGGAUUAGAAAAAUAAUGCUUUAGUGUUCAUAUACCUUGGAACUUCCACUGUGCUCCUGGAGAUGAUGCUACUGAUCUGAUCUGGAACUCUUUGAGUUCCUGAUCAGAUGAAUUCAGAAAAGGAGGACAGUUAUUGGCAUGUGUUCUCUUUUGCCCUGUGUAGCAUUUUUAUGCCUGUUACAGCUGUCAGACACAGAAGGAUUCAGGUUAUGGCUCUGUGUAGCCAUAGGUAAUGUCAACAAAUACAGAGCUGGAAUGAGACACUGGCUCUAAUAAAACACUUUUCUCUGAGUCGAUGGGAUGAUUCUCUUCAAGGCUGAUAGUCCAGUUCCCUUUCAUUAUUCUAAUUGCUCCAUAUCCCUUGACAGUCUUUUUACCAAAUAAAGAACAAUCAAAUCUCAAAUGCUCCCUUUUUAGUUGGUUAUAUUAUAUCCAUUGCUGUUUCUGUUACUCUUAACCGUGUGAAAAAUGAGACUGAAUAGAUGAUAGAAUCUGACUGAAUUUGGCACAAGGUAGUAUUGUAACAGUAUACAGUACUAUUCCUGAAAAGCAGUGUUCUAAUUAAUUGAAUCUAGACUGUAAGCUGAUCAGAAAUAUUUUUUAAUUCAUCCAUUGUUCAUAAAAUUUGCUACAUUUUUAGGAAUAAGUUAGUGACUGAUUUCUUUUUUUUAACACGAGGUUAUCUCAAGUCAUGACAUAUUAAAGUAUGUUUUACAUAAAUAAUUUUAACCUGACUAUAAGAAGGAGUUACCUCAAAAGGAGAUUAUAGGUGUCUUCAAAGGCAUCCAUAAGUUUAAAAUAAUUAAUAAAUGUAUCACAGGGCUUUGCAACGUGUCCUUCCGGUGUUCCAUUUUUAAUGCUGGAUGUACAACAUGGAGACUGUAGGUCACAGCAUGGAAUGCUUCUUGAUUCAUAUGGCCUUGAUUCAUCAGCGUGAAUUGCUGCACAGUGUGACAUGUAAACCUCGUAGUGUACACAUCUGCUGUGUACUAAAGCAGAGAACAGUUACUGUCUUGCCUGUUUCAUGGCCAUUAUGCAUAUUCGUGACAAACCUGGAAAACCCUCUUCCUCUACUGAGACAAGAAUAGGUGUUCUCCAGCUUUGGAUGUUGUCGGCAGACUAACUCUGUUUCAAGCUCCAAAGAGCCAGAUUUAUUGCUUUUGGUCUCUGGAGUCUUUGCAGUGGCAGAUAUCACUUGCUCUUUCAAAAUAAUGAAACUGUGUGAAGAUAUUUUCUGAUAUUGCCAGGAAAAAUAAAUUAUAGUAAUCAUGUGUAAACUCUGUAUUUAACUGUAAAUUAUGAAUUGAUGCUGAGAACUCCAGCUCGCGCACCUCUCAGAUGCCCAUUCUGCAUUAGCUGGUGAGCCGUUGCCUUGAGAUGAUCUCACCAGCAGAGCAGUUGGCAAAGAGAACAUAAAUCACGGAACUCUUUUUGUGCCUUCAUGUACUUCCUGCUCAUCAGGCUGGGGACAAGACCUGGCAGUGUUUUCCAGUUGUGCUCUUCUGAGUUCCUGGCUGAUGGCUCUGCAUUCCUUCUACUCAUCUGGAAAAACUAAGUCAGUUUGUUACCUGUCUGAUUACUUUUCUGACUAGGACUGUCUGAAAGAAACUGCCUUAUGUUAGGUUGGGGUGACCUGAAGGCAGAAUGCUAAUUUCCAAUUCAAGAUGAUUUUCUCUAUGCUGAGAAGGCCACAGU